AUGUACGUCACCCGAAGCGUUCGCCGCGAGUUGCGCUUUGGUCUCCGAAUUUCCUCCGCCCGAGCUUUUCUACAGGCGAGCUUCCAAGAAACUCGCGUUCAACUGUCUUCCCACCUCUCAACUCCGGGCAUGGAAAGGAUCGGCUGGGGAGUGCUCUGUGUCGCUGGAGGUGGUGCCUACUACUUUGCGAAGAAAUCCAUCAAUGCCGACCGAGCUGCCCGGUUUGAAGCAGAACAGCAGAAAAAAGCUCGCUUCCAACGUCUAGAGGAUUCGCAUAUCGCUUUCAACAAGCAACCUCCUACUUCGAAGUUAAAGACAAAAGCAAAAGAGCAGAAUGUGUCUCUAAACAAUAAAGGGCUAGAUCAUGCAGGCAGUCCGAGCAGCGAGAUCAGUGAAGAUGCGGCACCCGUCGGACAUGCUCCGGUUGAUGGCGAACAGAGAGUACGAGAGAAGAGCAAAUACGAGGCUGCGGAGCCGUAUCGAAGCAAGAAAGGGGACAGAUUGAGUUGA